UCGUCACGUGGGUUCAUUCGUCUCGAGCCGUCGACCAGCUUACAUGUACCUGGUGUAUAAGAAUCUACGCUGUGGACGGUUUAAAGAACAUAAGGGAAAUCGGAGAAGUCGCACUCCUUGUUAUCACAGAGUUUGACCCCAAAACGUCGCCCCACAAUCGUUACGAGACCUAGGACUACCCACCCACAGGAUGUCGAUGUUAGGAGGCCUUUUCGGAGGCUAUGUCUCCUGGUCCAAGUUUAAAGGGACGCCGAACGACGAUUGGAUUGACCGCCUGAAUCACUUGUGGACCGUCUUCCUGCUGGCCUUGUUUGCCAUUUUCGUCAGCACAAGUCAGUUUGUGGGAAAUCCGAUUUACUGCUGGGCGCCCGCUGAGUUCAAGGACCACUGGGUGGACUACACGAAGUCAAUAUGCUGGGUGUCCAACACGUACUACAUUCCCAUGAAGGAGGUGAUCCCCGUGCACAUCCCAGAGCGCACAGAACAGGAGCUGCAGUACUACCAGUGGGUGCCCAUCAUUCUCCUGUUCAUGGCCCUCAUGUUUAAGUUCCCGAAUGUUCUGUGGAACAUCUUCAACGACGGAUCAGGGGUCAACGUAGACAAGGUCGUGGUCUUGGCCGAAGCCACGCAGAUGGGAAGUCCCGAGGAUCGCGAGAAGUGCAUCAAACACAUCGCCAUUUACAUGGACCGGUGGCUGGAGACGAAUCGCGAGACCAAGUACAAUGUGGUGGUGCGCGUGCGCCAACGCCUGACGAAAUACUGCAUGUUCUUCUGUGCUAAGAAAGACGGCACGUACCUGACAGGAUUCUACAUGUUCAUAAAGCUCCUGUUCUGCGUGAACGUCAUUGGCCAGUUCUUCCUUCUCAACGCUUUUCUCGCCAUGGAGUACAACCUGUACGGCGCCGAGGUCAUUAAUUACCUGUCGGAGAAAGGCAAUCUUAGAGAAUCCCCAAGAUUUCCGCGUGUGACCUUGUGCGACUUCCAGAUUCGACAGCUCCAGAACCUUCUUCGCUACACUGUCCAGUGCGUUCUUCCCAUCAACCUCUUCAACGAGAAGAUCUUCGCCUUCUUCUGGUUUUGGUUGGUGUUGGUUGCCACGGUUACCAUCGCCAGUUUUAUCUUCUGGUUGUGGCGUGUCUUUUUCCUCCAGAACAAAAAUCGCUAUUGCAAAAGGUACCUGAAGCUUCUGGAUCUCAUCCAGACAGGUGAAGACAAAAAGCUCUGCAUGAAUUUCGCCAACCAUUACUUGAGAGAUGAUGGUAUCUUUGUUCUGCGCUUAGUGACGAAGAACUCCACGGAUCUGGUGACCGCUGACCUUUUGGCACAUCUCUGGAAGAUCUACAAAGAUAAACCCUACAAUCGAUCUAGAUUACCAGAGGACGACGAGAAAGAGGCUCUCAUGCGAUAAAGUUGUCGUUGUUUGGACAAACGAUGUUGACCAAAAGAAACUGUGACUCACAAUCUGCAGAGAAAAACUUUUUUUUAAUAUACAGACGGUCUUAUUUUCUCACGACGUUGUUAAGUAGCGUGAGUGGGCAUCUGAAAAUGAUGAAACCAACCUGCGGACAAUACCACAAUCGAUGAGCGACUUGAAACCAAGCCUGCCUUCAUUGUUGAUUGUCUAGAGAUAUUGAGCUAUGAGUUUACAUGUCCAUCUGGCAACACCGUACAGAACUGGUGUGAACCUUUGCAAUGAGAGUUCUUCCAGUGUAGUGUGGCACAGACUGUCUACAUUUCAACCUGAUGCUGUGUUAAAAGCAUAGUGUAUUGGCUGCUUGCUCAUAUGCUUUAGAACUAUCGCGUAACGCUCCGAGUAGAACGACCUAGAAAAAGGGUUGUUACUUACAGAAGUCGUCAACAAAUUGUACAGGUUUGAACAGUUGGGCUGCAAGCCGGAGUAGCUUUGCAAAACUAUACAUUUUUCCCAUCGAAUGUUUUUCUCUUGUGAUCUUGAGCAACGAAUGUUUCAUCUUGUCCAACUAUGCAAUACUAAGCAUGUAAAUUAAGCAAAAUAUUAAGCAAUAUUUUACACUGUGCAUGCGUAGGAAUUUUUUUCUUCUGGAUCUGGCGGUGGAUUGAUACCGUACUAGUCCUGUGUGACCUUGCGCUCUGAGUUCAGCUUAACCUAUUCCAGCUCCUGUCUCUGUAUGACAAUUAAUGCUUGGUUUCAGGAUAAAGUCAUAUUAUCAAUUCUGAUUGAAAGCAAUUUUAUUGUAUGGAAGGUUUGUGUUUAGUUCAGUGUGGCUUAUGUGAAAACGUCCAUUUUCUUAAGGAUAUCUUUUAAUCUCCCACAGAAUAGGACAACAACUUAUGGUUGUGCAAAACUUUGGACAUUGCAAAGAUCCUACAGUUUCGCAAGACAGAAGGUCAGCUAUUAAGUGGUCCUGUUUUCGAAAUAAUGAGAACUGGUCAUUGAACUCAUCGGGUUUCUGUUAUCACGUUCUUCCACAAAACGUUCUUAAAGUGAUGUUGAUUAGGCGGGUUGGUAUCGACUGGGUUCUAGCAUUUAUCAAUGUAUUUGAAAGACUAAUUAUGAUCUCCAAAUGUGAAAUCUUUUCCUAGAAGCAAUUCAUGCGCUGUGCUGUUGUUACCUUAAACCUGGUUUGUCAAUUACAUCCAUAUCAAUGACUGACACAUCUCACCACACGAUUUUUAAAGUUUUACCGCGAACAAUACAUGCAAUGACGGUAAAAUCGAGAAUUCCAAAAACUGCUAUUCCACCAAUGUUGUCAAAUUAUUCAGUGACUUAAUAUUCCAUUUCCAAAAAGGUCAUUACCCAUUCAUUUACAGUCGCGUUCCUUAAUUCCUGUAACAUAUCACCUGGCUGAAAUAUGUGGGUCUUGCCUACACCUGUAUACUAAAUGAGUGAACUUUUCUUGAUGUAAAUGUUCUUGAUGACUACUUUCAAUUUCCACCCACCCCCACUCCCAAAUUGUACUACAAUCUUUACCCAGAUGUCGUCUCUUAUUUUUUUUAA